AUGGCAUUGAGUGACCUCCUUUACCCAGAUAAUCCCAAGAGAAAGCAAGAACUGAUCCAUCUGCAUCAGGAAUUGCUUGACUGUAUGUCCACAAAUUUCCAUGCAACAAACGAGCUGGUUGGAGUGCUGAAUGAACACUUGGGCUGUGCUAUUACCCCCAUUGAGAUGCGAGAGAGCGGUACAGUCAAGGAAAACUGUGAGAUUAUCAUUCAAGUGAUGAGUGAGGUUCAGCAUCAGGUGCAGAAGAUUGAUAGUGACAUGAAGGAAAAGCUUGAGCCAGUGCUGUACCAGAAGCUAUAUGACAUCAAAGAGCCUGAGCUGGAGAAAAUUGCAAUAGCCCAGAGAGUUUUUUCCAUUAUUUUUGGAGAAGCAACUUCAACAGCUGCAAUGGUAGCAAUCAAACUUCUUGGUUCCAAUCAUUUAACUCUCACUGUGAGCAAGCUCAUCGGUCUCCUUGCUCAGAUUGGGGCAUCUGUUCUUGGGGGAGUUAGUAUUACCAUCAUUGGGCUUGGCCUUGAAAUGAUUCUCCAUGCCAUCCUGGGAGCUGUGGAGAGGAGUCAGCUUCUGACAGCUGUGAGAAGCUACGAGAAGCACCUGGCUGAGUUUAAAGCAGCCUCAGAAAAGUACCAGCGUGCCAUACAUGAGGUAACUUCUUUGGUGAGACAGCAAGUUCAGUAAAUAAAGCUGGAGUUCUCUCUUCUGCUGUGACAGCAGCUGCAGCAGCUAUGCCUGCAGAAACCUUUUUGAUUCAUUAUGACAAAUGAACUACUGAUGGCUUUUUAUUUUCUUAUUUCUGGCAGCAGAACAGUAACAAUAACAAUUCAGGAAACUGGCACUGAAAUAUAUUAAUAGAGAAUUGUUUUACAGGUGUUUUGGGGGGGGCAAUAUUUCAAAUACUUGGCACCUUAAGCUUAUUUUCUGGGAAGCAUUGUAGGUAACUUUGAACUGUAAUUCAUGUUAGAGACAGUAAUACAGACUGCUGGACUGGUAGUGGUGAGGAGGUGUGUUUCUAUAUCAAAUAUGACAACACAAUGAGAGAAAACAAUUUCAACAAGGCAAUUCAUGACAGCAUCUGGAGGCUUUAUGAAGACAUCCGUGUUUGCUAAACUCUUAGUGUGGAUUAGUGCUAAAUCUGAUAGACUGAAUUCCCUGUUCAUUACAAGGACUAGCUGAAGCAUAUUUAACUGCUAUUUUCUGCCCUCCUAAGGAGCCAGCCAGAGAUCUUCUUUAAAUAAACUCUAAUCCCAGUAGACUGGCAGGUAAAAGAAGCCUGGGCCUACAUGCAAACACACACAACCUUGCUCCACAACUGAGAGAAACCAGCUGCUGUGUUCCUGGUGUGCCUGACCAUGAAUAACUUUUUAUGCUUUUAAUGUUCUGCUCUUGCCAACCCACAUGUAAAAACUUCUGUGCAAAGUUGCUGUUUUGUUGAUCAAAGUGGGAUUAUACACAAGUGCCUGCAAGAUUGCAGCCCUGUUGUACUAAAUUGAUUUUCAAGUGCUUUACUUAAUCCCACCAAUGUGGGACUGCCAAGAAUGCUCAGAUUCUGCAUUUCACAAUAUGAUACCAAUUGUCCUUAUUUUUCAGAUUUUAAAAUCAAAGCUGCAGGCAAGAUCAUUAUUGUAGUGUCUUGCUCUGAUUUGCUGUGGAUUGUUUUUGCUUGAUCUUAGAAAAAAGGUAAUUUCAGAAUUAAUAAAAAUGUACAUGAGUAUUGCAACCUCUCUUCUGUACUUGAUUCUU